AUGGCUGAAGCUUUACUUACUGUCAUGCUUAAGAAUCUGAACUCGUUGAUCCAGAAAGGGUUUGGAUUGCUUUGGAGUGUGAACAAAGAGAUGGAGAAGCUGUCUAGCAUCCUCACAACCAUCCGUGCUGUUCUUGAAGAUGCAGAGGAGAAGCAGUUGAGAAACAGAGCAAUCAAGAAUUCGCUGCAAAAGCUUAAAGAUGUUUCUGGUGAGUUGGAUGACAUUCUGGAUGAGUGCUCAGCGGAGGCAUCACUGCUGGAGUACAAAAUGCAGAGGUUUGGAGUAUCCCCAAAGGUAAAAGCUUCUUUCUUGUCCUGUUUAAACCCAAAAAAUACUAGAUUUCGUUUUCAAAUUGCUAAAAAGAUGGAAGAUGUUUCAGAGAGAUUGGAUGAUAUCGCAAAAGAACGUGAGAAAUUUCACUUGCAUGAGGUUGUUGAGGAUCCGAAACACGUCCAAGUAAGAAAUAAACGAGAUACUGGCUCCAUUGUUGAUGAAAGACAGGUUUAUGGAAGAGAAGAAGAUAAAGGUAAGGUUGUGGAGUUUUUGCUAGAGUCCAAUUCAAGCAAUUCCAAAGAUCGUCUCUCUACCUAUGCAAUUGUAGGUAUGGGGGGCAUGGGGAAAACUACCCUCGCUAAACUUGUGUACAAUGAUCCAAGGGUUACUGACCAUUUUGAUAUGAAAGUAUGGGUAUGCGUUUCUGAAGACUUUGACGUGUGGAGAUUGAUAAAAGCCAUAAUAGAAUCUGCCUCUGGAAAUGCUUGUGAAGCUUCGGAUAUGGAUCCUCUGCAGAAACACCUCCAAAACAUGUUGGAAAGGAAGAAGUUUUUACUUGUUUUGGAUGAUGUGUGGAAUGAAGAUGAAGAUAAAUGGGAAGGAUUGAGAAAUGUACUUGCUUGUGGGUCAAAUGGUUCUUAUAUUGUAGUUACCACUCGUCUCGAAAAGGUUGCAUCAAUUAUGGGAGCAACCCAAAUGCAUCAUAUAUCUAGCUUAUCAGAAGAUGAAUGUUGGUUAUUGUUCAGCCAACGUGCAUUUCUCAAUGAAAUUGAAAAACGUCCAAGUCUUGUGAAAAUUGGGAAGGAGAUUGUGAAGAAGUGCAAGGGAAAUCCGCUAGCAGCAAAAAGUUUGGGAAGCUUAAUGUACUCCAAAGGUGAGGAACAGCAGUGGCUUUUGGUUAUGGAAAGUGAACUUUGGAAUUUGCCACAACAUGAAACUUCCAUCCUACCAGCUUUGAGAUUGAGCUACUAUCAACUAACCGCACAAUUACGAAGAUGUUUUGCUUUUUGUGCCAUUUUUCCAAAGGAUUCUGAAAUAGAGAAGGAAAAAUUAAUUCACCUGUGGAUGGCUAAUGGCCUUAUCUUCCAAAGAAAACAUGGAGGUGGAAGAGAUGGGCAGUGA